AGCGUGAUUCCUAGUAUAGUAACUAUAUAUUCAACGAAGUGGUCGAUGUUGGUGAUUUGGACGGAUGGUGGCGCCGCCGCUGAGCACGCCAUCGCCGAACCAUUGUUCAAUGCUCUUGACCCGUGGGGUUUUGUUUGGAUUCGAAUCGCCUUCCAAUUUCGAACAAACCUUGUUCUUCUGUGUCAUAGUUUUCAUUGGGUGGGUUUUUGUGGCCAGAUUAGAUUGGUUCUGUCCAUUUUGCUCUCACAGGUUUGCCAGUCUUAAAAUGCAGUCUUUUUCCUGCUUCAUUAAUAGACCAGCUACAAAGAAGAGGCAGAGAGUUCCCUCAGCAUACAACCGCUUCAUUAAGGAUGAGAUCCAACGCAUCAAGUCUGUCAAUCCUGAUAUUACUCACAGGGAAGCCUUCAGUGCAGCUGCUAAAAAUUGGGCCCACUUCCCGCACAUCCACUAUGGUCUCAUGCCUGAUCAGACUAUGAGGAAGACAACUGUGUGCCAGCAGGAAGGAGAGGAUGUUCUCAUGAUGAAAGAUGGGCUUUAGCCUUUAUGCUUCAGCUAAUGUUGGUGUUUCACCCUACUAAUUCACCACCAUGUCAAGAAGGAAAAUUUCAACCUUUCAAGCUCAGCAAACUCUAAUGUUCCUUCACUUCAAUGUGCAUCUGUUUGUGGCUGAUGAAGAGCGUUUAUGUUGAUAGCAAAGGAAAGGACUACUGUUAUUUUAGCUCUAUUAGCUUUGUGGAUGCAUGUAGUUGGCUUCUUAAUUAGUAGACCUUAAUCUUUUAAUUUCAAAAAAAAUAAUUUUUACAGCUUA